CUUUGUUUGCAUAAAAUAUGAACGUUUGCAGGACCUAUGGUUAGAAGUUAGUUCUGUGGUUUAUACUACAUUGAAUAUGUUAUCAAAAGUGAAGUAACUAAGCCGACCAACGACAGAUGUAAUUGCUAAAUGUAUUUUGAAAAAAUUUCUAAAUAUCAAAUAGCGUUUUGGUGUACAGUUUGUGUUUACCAGCCAUUUCUCACUGGUCGCUUGGUGACCAAACAGAAACCCGGAAAGGCGCGCUAUUUGGUUCGUUGGUUAGAAAAGCUAUACUAACACUUGACAGUUUGAGACAAUUUAGUCGAAAGUUGAAACGCUGAGAACUAAGUAGAAUAGUAGUAGACACGGUCAUCAGUAAUUGUUUGGAUUCAUAUUCAUAUUAGUGUGUUAACGGGAAUCGCGUAUUUGCUGAGUCAAAAACGUUAAGCUGUCUGAUUUGGAACAACAUGAAAUCCAGUUCUCGUGCAAUAUUCACCAGACAAAACAUAUUUCCCCCGGAUCCCCGUAAACCGAAAACACAUUACAACCCAUCUCCGACGAAAAAGAUUCCGAAAAAACAGAGAAAGACGAACCUAAGUCCGGUUCGUCUAGCUAAGCCCACCAGCCUCUCUGUACCUCAGGUGGAACCAUUGACACUUGAAGGCCAGAGCUUCACUGGGCCACCUUCCGACCCCCUCCCCUGCAUGCCUCCCUCCAUAGAGCCCCAGCCCAGCUUCUCUGAAUCCUGGCCUUCCACUGAUCAAGAAUCAUCACCUGCAAACACCACAGCCUUCCCACAGAGUGAGGUUCUGGCACACUCUGCCUCUUCAGGAAAAUACCAGGCCUCUUUCACACCUGCUGCCACACAAGAGGAUUCAGUGUUGGCGAAGUAUGUGGAGCGAUUCCGCCACGGCCAACCCCAGAGUCGAGAGGAGAGGCAGCGCUCAGCAGCGACAGUGGAAGAGUGGCAGCCAUUUUGGUGGCUGUCUUCUUCUUCUCCCCCCUCCUCCAGCCAUGUCACCACAAAACCUGUGCAGCAAGGCCGCGCUUCUGCCCAUGAACGUAACCAAUUAAGCACAAGCCCCAUUGAGCACAUCCGACCCAGCCCCCCUCUCUCCCCACACGGAACGCCCCUCGACUUCUCCGUCAUGGGUCUGUCAGACUCCUCCCACUGUGACCCUCCUGAUCCAGGGAUACUGCAGCUGCAGGAGAGGGCCAGUAGGCUCCUCCAGAGGAGUGAACACUCCCUCAGUAGCAGCUCACUACCUAUCAGCUCUGAGGGCGUGGGCUGUUCAGACCUGUCCUCGCCUUUCAGUGUAGAUGAGCCUGCCCAGAGACCUGUAGCUCCCAGUCUCAUUAACCAUACUACUGGUGACCGCAGGUUCGAUGAGGAUGCGUUCCAUUCACUGCGUUACUCUGCGCUGAACCCCACAGCCCUGAACACCGGUCCCAUGGCCACGCCUUCCGUGGGCGCCUUCCUGGCCACUCGCACGCGCCCAGAAGAUGACAUCCUGUUCCAGUGGCGUUUGAGGAGGAAGAUGGAACAGGCCCGGCAGUGGCCCCUCCCGCACGCACAAGGUCCGGCUCGUCAUCAGCCCCCAGUCAGCAGCCUGGCCCCACAGGCCCAACGAGGCCUCUAUCCCUCGGGUGUUCCGACUCAAAGAGCAGCCCAGCUCUUCCCAGCGGCCCCUCAGGAGGCGGGUGUCCCCGGGGCCCCCCCAGCCUCCGCGGCUCCUCGCUCUGUCCCGAUCGCCAGCCCAGCGGCCUCCAGUCUCCCCCCCGACGUGCCCGUGGCGGCCCACAUGCACCUCCUCUGCGACGUGCUGCCCUGCCCCCUCCGGCACCGGCCCCCCGAGAGGAGGAGGAGCCUCAGGAAAUGGGAGGUUCCCACCCGGGACCCCGCCCACGGCCCUCCGAUUGGCCGUUCCAGCUCCACUGAAACGGAGUCGCCGUCCCCUCCGCCACCGUCGUCCGGGACGGCCGAGGAACGACGGGGGGCCGGAGAGAGGAGGGCAGGGCGGAGGAGCGCGCUGCAGGGGGAGGAGCCUGUGAGGGGAGAAACGCGGACGGUCCCGUCCUGCAGCAGGAAAAAAUCCGCCAGCCAUAGCAGGGUUGGAGAGGGAAGUAGAGUGGACAGCCAAAAAAGGCCAACCCAAACUGAGAGAGGAGUGAGCAGGGACAGAGUGGGGGAAGAGAGGGUCACACCAUGGCCCGACGAGCCCAGAAGACCACAGAGGGAGAGGGGUCAAAGGUCAAGGAAGGAAGGGCGCCCGGGUGAUCGGGCACCCCCACCCUCUCCUAUACACAAUGCGCUGGGCCAGGUUGUCUCGGAGGUACUGUUCCCCACCUCGGAGUCGCCCCUGCCCCCAACAACCCCCGGCUCCUUGGACUCCCCCAGAUACACGCCUCCCGUGCCCCCGCAGUCCCCUGCUCCUGCCCUCCCACAAUGCCCUGCUGCUGCUCCCAGCAUGCCUCAGGCCCCUGAGGUUGUGGCUCAGCUGCUGGAAGAGGCUGAAGAGUCGGACGGGCUGGAGUUUGAAGAUGACCCCUUGCUGCAGGUCUUGAGACAGCAGAGGGAAUGGGCGAAAGAGCAGAUCAGCGAGGUGGACACAAUAUUGAAUGAAAUCCAGGAUGACACAUGAAGAAUGACUCGGACACAGUGUACAGUAAUAACAUUCAUUUUUGUACAUAAAUAAACAUAUGUAUAUAUUUGUAUGCUCAUUUUCAAAGCCACACACAUUUUUUUAUCACAAUAAACAAUUAUGAACUGUACAACAA